AUGGACGACGGACUCCUGGUAAAUUUCCAAAUACCCGAGGACUACACAGCUCCAUCCACGAAGCUCAAAGGUACCGAUCACAAACCCAGAACUCCGUUCGACACAGUGCCACUUGGGAGACAUGCUGAUGAGAUGCAGGUGGCCGAUGGAAGGACCGUCUUACUGCCAGAAAGUCGGCCGAAUAUGGACGGAAGAAGGCCUUGGAACGAGGAGAUGCGCCACCACCUUCUGCCGUCCAGCAGGCGGAGAAGCCUGUCUUUGUCGAAGGGCGGCCAGCAAAGCGAGCACGUACUCAGCGGGCCGACGACACACUACCGAAGACGAGUAAUGGAGAGGUGAUAUCGUCUCUAUUCACGUUCAAUCCAGCCUCUCGGACGAUUCCCGAAAAUGCGGAUGGUGACAAGGCCAACGAGGAGCCUCUCGUAGAGCCAUCGAACGCGCCACUUGCGGAGAACGAAGAAUCCAAAUUCACCUCGCUCGGGCUCUCAUCCAAUCUCGCUUCUCAUCUGCUACGGAAACUCGAGAUCAAGGCACCUACCGCUAUCCAGCGUAAGGCAGUCCAGCAGCUCUGUCAUAACGACACAGACGCUUUCAUUCAGGCCCAGACCGGAUCAGGCAAGACUCUGGCAUAUCUAUUGCCUAUUAUCGAGCGCAUCACCGCGAUAUCAAGACGCAUGAAAGAAGCCGGAGAGUCCUUCGAUCGACACAGUGGUUUGUUCGCAAUUAUUCUUGCGCCCACCCGAGAACUCAGCAAGCAGAUAAGUACUGUGCUGGAAGAUCUACUUUCGUGUUGCCACUGGAUUGUGUCGAGUACGGUCAUUGGAGGGGAAAAGAAGAAGUCAGAGAAAGCUAGGUUACGCAAAGGACUGAAUAUUCUGGUCGCGACUCCUGGCCGCCUUGCGGAUCACAUCGAAAAUACCGAAAAUUUGGAUCUUAGCAAUGUGCGCUGGCUAGUCCUGGACGAAGGUGAUCGACUGAUGGAGCUCGGAUUCGAACAGGAUAUCCAGAAAAUGAUCAGCGUGCUUAAUCUGCGCGCAAGGAAAAAGCAAGAAAAGCCGAUUCCUGGUCUACCUAGCAGAAGAACAACCGUUCUGUGCUCGGCCACAAUAAAGGCAAACGUGGAGCAGCUACAAAGUAUAUCACUAAAGGAGCCUGUCUCAAUAUCGGUGGAUCAAGCUUCGGAACCUGCCGAGGACGGAGGUGGUGAUGGAGAGCCAGAGAACAACUUCUCCGCGCCCGCGCAACUAAAGCAGGGAUAUGCAGUUGUUCCGCCGAAACAGCGGCUCGUCACUCUCGUGGGAUUACUAAAGCAGACGUUCAAGAGGAAAGGGAGUGUGAUGAAAUGCAUAGUGUUUAUGAGUUGUGCGGACAGCGUCGACUUCCACUUCGAGCUUCUCACAAGUGGGUCGCCGAAGACUGACACGGUGGAUGCUCCUGUGAGCUCAGAAACGACUACAAAUCCCCGAGUUAAGCAACGUGCGCCGCCAAAGAAGAGCUCGAAGCCAGGGAGCAUUCCACAAGGGAAUACGAUACCGGAAGCACGAACCGAAGGUCAAGCGGCCGCGAUCUCUGGGAAAGACAACCCCGUCCAGAUGUUCCGUCUCCACGGCUCCUUGCAACAAGCGACGCGAACGAGCACUCUCAAGGCAUUCACGAAGAUGACAGACCCUGCUGUUCUAGUGUGUACAGACGUGGCAUCCCGCGGUCUCGAUCUUCCAAACGUGGACCUCGUCAUCGAAUACGACCCACCCUUCAGCAAAGACGACCAUCUCCACCGAAUCGGCCGAACAGCGCGCGCGGGAAGAGACGGCAGAGCGCUCAUCUUCCUCCAACCCGGCUGCGAAGAAGGCUACGUCGAAAUCCUCAAAGAAGGCAAACCUCGCAAUCUAACCCGCCACGACGCCGAUGAACUCCUCCAGAAAGGCUUCGGACCCGAAAAGGGCGUCGCUGCCACUUCUUCUUCGCAAUGGGAACAGACUGCCACCGAUUGGCAGUUGGAAGCCGAACGCUGGGUUCAAGAAAACCCUAAACAUCUCGAACAGGCCCGCAGAGCUUAUCAGAGCCAUAUCCGAGCAUAUGCGACGCACGUCUCCUCGGAGCGCCACGUGUUCAAUAUGCAGGAAUUGCAUCUGGGGCAUCUGGCCAAGGCUUUUGCGUUGAGAGAUAAGCCUGGCAGUAUCAACGUACCGGGCAUGAGACCUGGGAAAGACGCCGGGGCUAAGAGUAAGAAGCACACGUUGCAGCAGCAGCAAGGGAAGAGGAAGCGGGACGACAAUGGGGAUGGGGAAGCUGGAGCGGUGGAUCCUAAUGAGGCGAAGAGGAAGAUGAUGGCGAAGAUGAAGAGUCUGAUGACGGGUGCUUCUGAAUUUAAUACGAUGUAG